AUGGCCCACGACGACCACCCGUACCACCCCAAGGACACGAUCGGCCGGACCAUCAAGACCACGAUGGUCACGGCCGGUGCCGGCACCUUCGUGUCCGGCAUCCAGAAUACCCUGCAGAAGCAGAACUACGGCCCCAUGGGCAUCUUCACCCGCUCCGGCACCACCAUUGCCUUCUUCACGGCUAUGGGUGGCGCCUACGAGUUCUCCCGCUCCGCCGCGGCGAACCUGCGCCAGAAGGACGACACCUGGAACGAGGCCAUUGGCGGCUUCUUCGGUGGUGCUAUGGUCGGCUUGAGGUUUCGGACUAUGCCCGCCGUCCUCGGCUAUGGCGUCGGCCUUGCCGCUAUUCUCAGUACCUUUGACUUCUGCGGCCACGCUUUGACCGGAUACAACAAAGAUCCCAACUCGGACGAGUUUGAAAGGAAACGUUUCCUGAGGACGAACUACAGGACGCCGGCGGAGGAGACCGUUGCCAGGAUCGGCGAGGGCCGCGGUAUCUACCCUCCUGGCUACGAGGAGAGGAGACGACAGAGGCUCCAGGAGAAGUACGGCUACGAGAUCACGGCGCCGCCCUCCCACUAA